CGGCGACAUCCAGGGUAGCGGUGACGGGUCCGGAGAGCAGGGACAGAUGAGCCGAGAGCAGCAGCCCCUGAUCAUGUGACUCCUCCUCCUCCAUGUGACUGAUCACCUGACUGUGACAUCAUCACAGGUCCUGUUAGUACACUUCCUGUACAGCUCUGAGGAAGGAGCUCAUGAAUUGGAGAAGAUAUGAAUAAUAUCAAAGCUCCAGAGACAGAUGUGAAUGGUGAUGAGCAGUAUAUGGAGGACAUCCAUACAGGGAAAGAUGUGUUCUAUAUUAAUGCUACAGACAUGCAGGAAGAAGAAAAGACAGAUGUGAACGGUAAUGAGCAGUAUAAGGAGGACAUUCCUACAGGGAAAGAUAUGAUCUAUAGUAAUGCUACAGACAUAAAGGAAGAAGAGACAGAUGUGAGCGGUGAUGAGCAGUAUAAGGCGGACAUUGCUACAGGGAAAGAUCUGAUCUAUAUUAAUGCUACAGACACAAAGGAAGAAGAAGAGACAGAUGUGAGCGGUGAUGAGCAGUAUAAGGAGGACAUUCCUACAGGUAACCGUCCAGAUGACUGUACCAGGAGAUCAGAGGAGAAUCUUAUAUCUUCAGAUUAUAAAGCAGAUGAUGAUAUCACACAAGAUACAUGUGAAGAACAUUCCAUUAUCCCAGAUACACCCUCAGCCCUUCACAGCCAAGAUCUCUCAUCUGAUCCUUUAAAAAUAGUCCUAUCAUCUGAUUUAUCACAGCAAAAUAUGAGGAUGCUAUUUUCAUGUGCUGAAUGUGGAAAAUGUUUUUCUUAUCAAUCAAAUCUUAUUCAACAUCAAAAAAUUCACACAGAAGAGAAGCCAUUUUUAUGUUCAAAAAGUGGGAAAUGUUUUACUGACAAAUCACUUCUUGCUCAACAUCAAAAAAUUCACACAGGAGAGAAGCCAUAUUCAUGUUCACAAUGUGGAAAAUGUUUUACUGUGAAACCAUCUCUUGUUCAACAUCAGAAAAUUCACUCAGGAAAAAAGCCAUUUUCAUGUUCAGACUGUGGGAAAUGUUUUAUUCAAAAAUGUGAUCUUGUUAAACAUAAAAUAACUCACACAGGAGAGAAGCCAUUUUCAUGUUCAGAAUGUGGAAAAUGUUUUCCUAAUAAAUCAAAUCUAAUUCGACAUAAAAAAAUUCACACAGGAGAGAAACCAUUUUUACGUCCAAAAAGUGGGAAAUGUUUUAUUGACAGAUCACAUCUUGGUCAACAUCAAAACAUUCACACAGGAGAGAAGCCAUUUUCAUGUUCACAAUGUGGAAAAUGUUUUACUGUGAAACCAUCUCUUAUUCAACAUCAAAGAAUUCACUCAGGAGAUAAACCAUUUUCAUGUUCAGAAUGUGGGAGAUGUUUUAUUCAGAAAUGUGAUCUUGUUAAACAUAAAAGAACUCACACAGGAGAGAAGCCAUUUUCAUGUUCAGAAUGUGGAAAAUGUUUUCCUAAUAAAUCAAAUCUAAUUCGACAUAAAAAAAUUCACACAGGAGAGAAGCCAUUUUCAUGUUCAGAAUGUGGGAAAUGUUUUGCUUCUAAAUCACUUCUUGUUUUACAUCAAAAAAGUCACAUCGGUGCAAAGCCAUUUUCAUGUUCAGAAUGUUGGAGAUGUUUUAUUCAGAAAUAUGAUCUUGUUAAACAUAUAAGAACUCACACAGGAGAGAAGCCAUUUUCUUGUUCAGAAUGUGAAAAAUGUUUUUGUAAUAAAUCAAAUCUUAUUCAACAUCAAAAAAUUCACACAGGAGAGAAGCCAUUUUCAUGUUCAGAAUGUGGGAAAUGUUUUGCUUCUAAAUCACUUCUUGUUAUACAUCAAAAAAGUCACACAGGAGAGAAGCCAUUUUCUUGUUCAGAAUGUGAAAAAUGUUUCUCUAAUAAAUCAAAUCUUAUUCAACAUCAAAAAAGUCACAUAGGAGAGAAGCCAUUUUUAUGUUCACAAUGUGGGAAAUGUUUUACUGUAAAACUAUCUCUUGUUAAACAUAAAAAAAUUCACACAGGAGAGAAGCCAUUUUCAUGUUCAGAAUGUGGGAGAUGUUUUAUUCAGAAAUAUGAUCUUGUUAAACAUAAAAGAACUCAUACAGGAGAGAAGCCAUUUUCAUGUUCAGAAUGUGGAAAAUGUUUUACUCUGAAAUCUGUUCUUGUCAAGCAUCAAAAAAUUCACACAGGAGAGAAGCCAUUUUUAUGUUCAAAAUGUGGGAAAUGUUUUAAAGACAAAUCACAUCUUGGUCAACAUAAAAAAAUUCACACAGGAGAGAAGCCAUUUUCAUGUUCACAAUGUGGAAAAUGUUUUACUCAGAAAUCAGAUCUUGUUAGACAUCAAAUAAUUCACACAGGAAAGAAGCCAUUUUCAUGUUCAGAAUGUGGGAAAUGUUUUACUGUGAAAUCACUACUUAUCAGACAUACAAGAAUUCACACAGGAAAGAAGACAAUUCAGAGCAAUAAAUGAUGCAGAUAAGACAUCUAUAUAUUAACCAUGUACAUAGGAUAUCUGACAUUUAUACAUAUAUCAUAUACUGCAUCUCCAAACUUGUUCCCAAUUGUUAAUAAAAGUUUUCUUUUAGAACGUAGUCACCGAUCCAGCGAUGUCAUCACUAUAGUUUACAUGGUAGGAAAAGAGUGUGAUAUAUGGUUGUGAUAUUCACUGCUCCUCAUGGAGAAGACCCAACAGGCAUAAUCCAUGGGGAGCUGCUACUGGAGACCCAAACACCUCAGAGAGAAGGGACUUAUUCCAGUGAUGAAGAAUUCCAG